AUGGCAGUUUUCCCCAUAUGUCUGCUCACCCUCCUUCUCCUCCACCUGCCCAAACUGGAUUCAGCUCACUUUGACGUGAUUGGACCUCAGGAGCCCAUCCUGGCCUUGGUGGGUGAGGACGUGGAGCUGCCCUGCCAUCUGUCCCCAAACGUGAGCGCGGAGCGCAUGGAGCUGCGGUGGUUCCGGCAGAAGGUCUCCCCAGCGGUGCUGGUGGUUCGGGAAGGGCAGGAGCAGGAGGCGGAGCAGAUGGCCGAGUACCGCGGGAGGGCCUCGCUGGUGGACCGCGACCUUCGCACCGGCCAUGCGGCCGUGAAGAUACACGGGGUCAAGGCCUCAGACGCCGGGGAGUACCGCUGCUUCUUCAGGGAGAACCAAAGCUACGAGGAGGCUGCCUUGCAUCUGCAGGUCGCUGCUCUGGGCUCUGAGCCUCAUGUCCACAUGGAAGUUCAAGAGAGUGGGAAGAUCCAGCUGAAGUGUACCUCAGUGGGUUGGUACCCAGAGCCCCAGGUGCAGUGGAGAACUUCCAAUGGAGAGAAAUUUCCAUCUACGUCAGAGGCCAGAACUCUUGAUAAAGAAGGCCUGUUCAGUGUGGCAGCUUCCGUGACUAUCAGGGACGCCUCUCUGGGGAAUGUGUCUUGCUGCAUCCAGAACCUCCUUCUUGGCCAGGAGAAGGAAAUGGAGAUUUCCAUACCAGCUCCCUUCCUCCCAAGGCUGACUCCCUGGAUGGUGGCUGUGAUUGUCAUCGUGAUGGUCUUGGGACUUCUCACCAUUGGAUCUAUAUUUUUCACCUGGAGACUAUACAGGGAAAAAUCCAGAUUGAGGAAAGAUGAAUUCAGCUCUAGAGAGAAACUCCUGGAAGAACUCAAUUGGAAAAAGGCUACAUUACAUGCAGUGGAUGUGACUCUGGAUGCAGACACUGCCCACCCCCAUCUCUUUCUGUAUGAGGAUUCAAAAUCUGUCCGACUAGAAGAUUCGCGCCAGAAACUAUCUGAGAAACCGGAGAGAUUUGACUCCUGGCCUUGCGUGUUGGGGCGUGAGGCCUUCACCUCGGGGAGACACUACUGGGAGGUGGAGGUGGGAGACAGGACCGACUGGGCGAUUGGGGUGUGUAGAGAGAAUGUGGUGAAGAAAGGAUUUGACCCCUUGACUCCCGAGAAUGGGUUCUGGGCUGUGGAGUUGUAUGGAAAUGGUUACUGGGCCCUCACCCCUCGCCGGACCCCUCUCCCAUUGGCGGGACCCCCUCGCCGGGUUGGGAUUUUCCUGGACUAUGAAUCAGGAGAUAUCUCUUUCUACAAUAUGAUGGAUGGGUCCCUUAUCUAUACUUUCCCCAAUGUCUCUUUCUCGGGCCCCCUCCGGCCCUUCUUCUGCCUGUGGUCCUGUGGUAAGAAGCCCCUGACCAUCUGCCCAACCUCUGAGGGGCCUGAGGGAGUCACAGUUAUUGCUGAUGCCAAGGAUCAUUCAAAGGAUAUCCCACUGUCCCCCAUUGGGGAGGACUCCGUCCCUGGGGACACAGACACCCUCCAUUCUAAACUCAUUCCUCCCAAGCCCAGCCAAGGGGCACAUUAA